ACACACGCACACAUAAGGCUUAGUUAUAAAUACGUGCUUUGUUUAUUUUACGCCAUCAUUUUGGUCAGCAGAUAAGAGUAAAUUAGUAAAGGUCCUUUUUUAGAAAAUAAGGUUAUCUGCUUCCCCAUACCCUAGGAAUAACCCUGUGCAACUUUUGGAACCCGUUUUUAUUGAUGUGUUACUACACGCAACAAGGGAUGAACGGUAAAAAAAGAUGUUGGCUUACUCAUUCUCUUUACGUUUAUUCAUUUGAUAUUGAUUUUUUUUAAAGCGUUCUUUACAUAUUCGCUGUAGCUAGUAAGGAAAAAGUACAAAUUAAUAAACUAAAAAAAAAAGGAGAGCUGCUGUACCCAUGGAAGCUCGUCUUGCAACACUAGAAUCGCUCUCUAUCUAUUGGGAUACAAAUAUCGAUUCUAUAGCAGAUGAUACUGAGCAUGAAUCCUUUAAGGCACUCAUUGCAACAAAGGAAAAUGUACCAAAAGAACAUCAAUACGUGCUCAAGCUCGUUUCGGGAACAGGAAGAGUCAAAUUCAACAAACAGUUUGGCAGCGGUGUUCCCAAGUUUGAAGCGUCUCUACUUUUCGAUGAACUAUCCUUUACGGUUGAUAACGAGCAGUAUCGUGACACCGUUCUCAUGAUCGAUUUGUUUCAUUCUUACCUAAAAAAGCAAAAGUACAAGGAUCUUCGUCCACCUUCUGAUAUGACACCCAAGACGCAUCCAUUGGAAUAUUUUAGAUUUGCAGGCAAUGCUGUUCUUUCAGAGAUACACGAAAGAAACGAACGGUGGACUUGGAGACGACUUAAGAAAAGACGUGAUGAUCGUAUAGCGUAUAUCAAUUGCUAUGUGAAUCGUAAGCUUGAUAGAGCCACGCCUGAUGAGUUGGAACAAUUAGAGAAUCUUGAACGUGAAUUGAGCUUUGAAGAUCUUCGAUUUUACAGAAGUUUAGCGAAACCUAAGCUUAGAAGAGAAAAAGCACGACUUGCUGCUAUUGAAAAGAAACGUAAAAAAGAAGAAGCGGAAAGAAAGGCGAGUCAAGGCUGGAGUAUUAGUAGCUGGUGGUCUGGAAGUAGUAGUGCUACUGGAAAAGGACAACCUAGUGGAGAGGCUGAUGAUGACUUGGUUAUAACAGAAGAGCAAAAGCAAAAGUUUUAUGACGUUAUCGAUUAUGAUGCAGAUAAAGCAACGAUUGCAGCUUCAGUAGACUUACCGAAGGGCGUAAUUUGGCCACCUUAG